AAAUAAUCUUCAUCCGGUGUGAGUGUACUUAUAUAAUCUAUUGUAGAAAAGAUGGCUUUACUGUCACCAUUUCAGAAAGAAAAACUGGAGUAUUUCUUCAACUUUUUCGACUCCAAUGGUGACAAGUUUAUAGAAUUUGAUGAUCUUGAUGGGUUCAUGAAAAGGAUAGUGGAUUAUACGGGAUGGAAGACAAACUCCCCGGCUUAUCACGAGAUAUAUGGCGUACAUGAAGCUUUCUUCGAGAUUCUUAUGGAGAAAACGGCACACAAGAAGGUGACGUUAGAUGACUGGUAUAAGCUGUGGGCCAAGCUGAUACACGGUAGUAUGGGGAUGCAGAACUUUCCGGUGUGGCUGAGACUUCUACCCAGGUCACUUUUCAGGAUUAAGGACAGAGAUCAGGACGGGCUUAUUAAAGAAGAGGACCUAACAGACUUUUACUCAAAUUUUGUUCAACUGGAAGACGCAGAAGCGAAUGUGGUCGCCAAGAAGGCAUACGAACUCAUGACAGACUUCGGAAGGUACCCGCUAAAUCUAGCCAGCUACGAGCAGAUUUUCGCCAACUUCCUCCUCGGUAAAACCCCUCACGGUCCAGGCCGAUUCAUCUUCGGCUGUUUUGAACAUAGCACACACAGAACCAAGUUCCAGCUAAUAAAGGCCGCUAAUGACGAUGAGGUGGAAAUUCCUGUUGAAAAGAUAAACACGAGGCGCGGAUCUACGGAUAUUGUAAGGUUAAGACUGAAAAAGGUGUAAGAAAGAAGAUCAUUAAAGACUUGGGCGCGGAUCUACUGAUGGUGUUGUGUAAAAAUUUAAAAGGUAAAAAGUUAUAAAAAAUUCGAAAAUUUUUAUGAUAUCAAUAGGAAAGAUAUUGAAGUUAAAAGUUUCUUUGCCUACAUAAAUAUAUUUGUUGCAAGUACUACAUCUAAUGCUCUUGUGCUUGUGUUGUUUUAAAAUACGCAAAGUUUCACCCAAAACUUGUGAUAAUGGAAUACCAAUAUUGUGUUUUCAUUGACAACAUACAUUCUGUGACAUCAUUUCUAGCUAGAAUAUGUGAAAAUAUUGCGCUCUUAAAAAAAUACAUAAUGAUAUUCAAGCUCUGAAAAAUUCGUCUUUUUUUAAAAAGACGAAAAAAGAUUUUUUUUAUUAGGGCCCCGCAAGGAUUUGCGGGUGCCCUAUAGUAAUCACUCUGUCUGUCUGUCUGUCCGUCUGUCAUUCUUCCGUCCACAAAUUUUCUGUUUUUUUUCUAAUAACUUUUUUUUAGGGUUGACCAAUUAAGUUCAAAUUUGGUAUGUUUGUUGAAUAGGCAUUAGACAUAUUUUGAUGCUAAGUUUGGUUCUCUAUGUCAUCUGGUUUGGAGCUGGGGUGGUGGGGUAGAUUCCUUAACUUUAUAUAAGAGUGAAUCGGCAAAGAGAGAUAACUGCUGAGAAUGUUCCUAUUGUAAACUAUGAAAGGCUGCAAUGAGUCUCUUGGGAUUAAUUAACUUUUCUCUUGAAGAAAAUCCAAAGCAUUUAUCUUUAUCUGUCACAUUGAGAUUAAUUAACACCUCUGUCUGCAAAUGAAGUUUGUUUUGAAGUUAAGAUCAAUUCUGAAUGAUGUUUACAUUCUCUGAUAUGUGGAUUUAAAUAAUGUUCAUACUUUAUUUUGGUAAAAUACACAAUGA